GGCGCACGCGCCACUAACAAUGACACCUAAGCGGCAACCAUUACACAACGAUGAUCCCCGCUUAUAGGCCAAUGUCGCGCUUACACGGAAUAUCGAUCGAGAUGACACAUCCGGACUCAACGGAAAACAGAAUCAGCCAGGAAUAUGUAUAAAAGCUGACAGCUUAACAUCACAGCAUCAUUCGAGUUCCAACAUUCGAAGAAGCCACAUCAAUCACCAUGAAAUCCAUCGCUUGCAUUCUCCUCUUAGCUGCAUUUGUAACAGCUGAGCCACCAAGCUUCAGAUCAAGAUUCUUCCAAAAACAAGAAGCUGAACCUACUACUCGUAGAAACGAGGAAGCACCUUACCCAGCAGCAGGUUACAAGCCAUCUAAAGAAUUCAAGCUCCCGUCCAGAGAAGCUGUCCCGCCUGCGACAUCUUAUGGAGUUCCUUCAGACAGCUACGCCGUUCCAUUCCACACUUUCAAGGCUCCGCAAACUGAAUACGGAGUCCCAAGAAAGAGUGCCGAACCAAAGAGAGACAGGGAAGAGAAAGAAGAGGUAGAAAGCUUGAAAGUGGAAGGUUUACCAAAAGAAACAAAAGGCAAGCUGCAAGAAAAUUCUGAGGUGGUCAACGCUAAUGGUGCUUACUACGUAUUGCUUCCGGAUCUUCAGCUGCAAAGGGUACAGUACGAAACCCAGAACGACGUUCGCAAUAUGGCGUAUUCGGCGCGUCUGCAGUACAGGAAUGAGGACCGAGCCCCGAUAUACGUGUACGCUGCUGUUCCGCAAUACCAGAACGUUCAGAACGCUGCUUACGUCCAAGUGGCUUAA